GGGGUGGUAGUCACAUGACGCCCCCUCUCUCUCUCCCUCCUCACCGGGUGUUGGCUGAGCAGUCAGGCGGCGGGCAGACCGGAGAAUCACCAGCGGAGCGGAAAUGAGUGAGACCCUGGUCGUGUGUGAAGUGGACGAGCAACUGGUGGAGAUGCUGAAAAAGUUUCGUUUCCGCAAAGAGACCAACAAUGCCGCCAUUAUCAUGAAAAUCGACAAAGACCGGCGUCUUGUGGUGCUGGAAGAGGAGCAUGAGGGGAUUUCUCCAGAUGAGCUGAAAGAUGAACUACCAGAAAGACAGCCCAGAUUCAUAGUGUACAGUUAUAAAUACCAACAUGAAGAUGGAAGGGUCUCGUACCCCUUGUGUUUCAUCUUUUCCAGCCCUGUAGGCUGCAAGCCAGAACAGCAGAUGAUGUACGCCGGCAGCAAAAACAAACUGGUUCAGGAAGCCCAACUCACAAAGGUAUUUGAGAUCCGGAACACGGAAGACCUCACCGAGGAAUGGCUGAACGAGAAGUUGGGUUUCUUCCACUAAACUCCUCUCUAUUUUUUAUGUCGGAGCCGAAAGUAUUCCCUUCGUACCGCCUAAUUCUCCCUCACACAAGAUGUUCCCGCCCACUCGCUGAGCGUCCGCGCUGCAAACGCGCAAGAAUUCCU